AUGUCAAGAGUAAAACCUUUUCCAGUUAUGAUUUUGAGGAACAAACGAAUUACUCGUAGUUCGUCAAAGCGUAAUGAUCUUCUUUUGGCUUUAAAUAUUAAAGGAAAAAAUAUAGAGGUACAGCCAAAAGAUAAGUUAUAUUAUCCACUUCCGAAGGUUUAUAAGGGUAAAAAGAAUAAAGAGAUAAACCAACAUAUUGAGUUUAAACGAACAUAUUAUGACAAAGAGCAUGAAGUUAUCGAAUAUACUCUCAAUUCAGCUGCAAAAGGUGAAAAAAAUAAGAAAACAUUAGAAAAAGGAAUUUUUAAACUAGCGCAAAUUACAGAUUUCACGUCAUACGAAGAAGACGAAAUUGACAUAGAAAACUUUUCUGACGAGUUAAUCAAGAUUAAAGCAGAAAAAUUUGAAGAGAUCAGCAUUAAUUUGUUAAGAGAAGCAAAUAAUAACGACAAAUUUGAAGAAAUUAAAUCAAUGUUAGAAUCAGAUGACGAAAAAACUAUUUGUGGUUCUGAUGAUGAUUGUCAAGAUUGA